GCUGCUGUGGCUGGCUGGCUGCUCAGGCGAACGUCAGCUCAGUCUUCUUGAGGCUCAGGAACACCUAGCAAAUAGCUGCUCUGUUCCUGGCGCGCUAGACUCUAGCUGAGGAAGGCAUUUCACGUAAGUUUAUGGAUUAAACAUUCCUCACUAUGCCAUCAGGUGUGUUUAUGCUCAGGAUAGCUGCAGUAGCAGAUAGCAGAACAGCGAAUCAUGAGCAGCUUCCCAUCCACAACAGGUUGCUGAGGUUCUAGCCAUUUUCACAGGAACAAUGCAAGAGUAUAUUAAAUCAGUAGCAGUGUGCUGGAAGAAAGUAUGAGUGUCAGCUUCUCUGGAACCUAACCAGGGGGUGGGAGAGAGCAGGAACUCUUUCUUUUGCUGCUUCUUUCUGUGCAUGGAAGGAAGAAUGCAGGAGGGAGGGUGUCCUUCAAUGACUAGACAUGCUUGUUAGUCCCUCUCUCACUGCAUGUUGUCUUCUCUUUUGUUUCCAGGAUGUCUGCCAAGGUCUCCCCUGCUCCCCUCCUCUCCAAACCCCCCCUGCGGGUGAAAGAAGGCUCCCUGGUGGUCAAAUGGCUAAGUUUAGUUUCCGGCCUCCAGGUAUCUGUAUUCCUCAUGGAUAUUUUGGCCUGGAUGAUGUGCAUUGCCUCAACAGCCAUUGUCAACUGGCGAGUGUGGCGUGUGGACAACAUCAAGGGGAUUGGCUCUGGAAACAUCUGGAUUGGAAUCUGGCAGGUCUGUUUUUGGAAAGACCCUUCUAACGACGGCAACUCUUUCUGGCAUUGUGAAAAUUUCAAUGAGCAACAUCCAACCCUCCCAAAGGAAAUUUUUAUUGCACAGGAUUUAAUGGCCUUAGCUUCCAUUAUGAAUUCGGCGGCCCUAGGAUUAAUUUCGUUUGCCUUGUACAAUGUGUUCAAGCCCAGAAAACAUAAGGAUUUUGUGUUAACCUUUUUUAGGCUUGCAGCUCUCCUGAACUUAGUUGCAGGGAUACUCGUCCUGAUUUCCGUGAUAUGGAACAUGUCUGCUGUCUUACAAAAUGGGGAAAUUGUCUUCCCAGAAGCUUUUGAAUUGCCUCAAAUUCCCAGCGAGCAGCAUAUUGGACCUUCUAUUUAUCUAGGCUAUAUCGCUGCGGGUUUCCAGCUGCUGAGUGCAGCAUUGGUUGGGAUGGAGAGAUGUUGCAUCAGGACCACCGCAACAGAUACAUCUCAAAUAGUAACUGUAGUAGUGAUUACCCCAGGAAGUGCAGUGAAAAGCGAGAGUCUAACUAUUUGUUCGAAGUGUGGUUCUCUGCUAGACCUGGUAAUUCAAGAGAAAUCCUCCGCAGUGGAGAUGGAGGAAACCCAUGCGGAAGAUCUUGUCAUUCCAGAGGAAUCCUGUGCAGUUGAGAUGGAGGAAAGCUGUGCAAGUGAUCUUGUCAUUCCAGAGGAAUCCUGUGCAGUUGAGAUGGAGGAAAGCUGUGCAAGUGAUCUUGUUAUUCCAGAGGAAUCCUGCGCAGUUGAGAUGGAGGAAAGCUGUGCAAGUGAUCUUGUCAUUCCAGAGGAAUCCUGCGUGGUUGAGAUGGAGGAAAGCCAUACACCCCAAAGCUCACCUGAAGGACAUCAAAGCCCACCUGAUAUCCCCAAACAUACGAUUAUAUAUGUGAUUCCCUACAACAGGGAGUCAUAAACUAUCAGAUUCAGAUCCACGCAGAUGCAUGGAUCUGUGUGGAUCAGGAUCUUAUAGUUUUGUUUUGGGACUUCAGGUGGGCUUUGAUGUCCUCUUUUUUAUGACUA